AUGCCGUCAACAGUAAGUCAUGUUGCGCCCUACCAUCCUAACGAGUACAUCCAAACCGCUUUGACGGGCAACAAAGUGUCGCGGAAGGCAACCAUUUUAGGCUCGCAGAACAUCAUCCUGGGCGGCAAGUGCAUCAUACAGCACGGCGCCAUCAUCCGAGGCGAUUUAAAAAGAAUCGCAUCUUCUUCGUCGGCAUCAUCAAUAGCCCCGGGGGCCCAGACUCAGCCAUCUCAGUCCGUUGCGAUUUUCAUCGGAAGAUAUUGCAUCCUGGCCGAGUCGAGCGUGAUUCGACCUCCGUACAAGACCUACAAAGGUGUCUUUUCGUAUUACCCUAUGAAGAUCGGCGACCAUGUUUCGGUAGGCGCCAACACAGUAUUGGAAGCAGCAUCCGUCGGCUCACAUGUCGAGAUUGGCGCCAACUGUCUCAUCGGACGCUUUGUCAUCAUCAAGGACUGCGCUCGCAUCUUGGACGGCAGCGUGGUCGCGCCCAACACGGUGAUUCCAUCGUUUUCGAUUUUCGGAGGCAGUCCAGCCAAGUUGGUCGGAGAGCUUCCCGAGACUUUUUCCGAGAGCUGCGAGACCAAGAUGAAGGACUUCUACCAACAGCCGUUCUCUCAAAUUGCAAAACGCCUCUUCACGACUCGCGGGCUCAGCUCGUUCGUGCAGAGCAUGACAGCGCCAAGAUACAAUGUCUUGAUCGACCUCAACGGAACAUGCCACAUCGGAGACAAGCCAACGCCAGGAGCAGUCGAGGCAAUCCACAAGCUGCGCGCUGCUCAACAGAGACAUCAAGGUCGUCUCAACAUCCGCUUUUGCAGCAACACCAGCAAAGAGUCGUCCGAGCUGCUUCUCGCACGUCUGGGCAGGGUUGGGUUGGGUGCGGAUCUGGUUUCGGCGCAUGAUGUCUUUACCAGUCUAGACGCCGCCAAACGUUUCGUAUCUCGUCGCAAAUUGCGAGCUCUGCUGCUACUGUCUCCGUCCGCCCAGAGCAGCUUCUCGGAGGACAAUGAGCUCGCCCAAGCCUGCUUCUUGGCUAGACCAGAGACGGAACCGGCCAAGCUCAGCCCAUACGAGAAAGCUCGGCUACGAUCAUGCAAUGCGGUCGUUAUCGGUCUAUGCCCCGAGCUCAUGACACAGCAAUGGCUCGACGAAGCAUUCCGCUUGCUCUCUGGCGAAUACGAGGCAACAGGACGAGUAGCGCUGAUCGCAACACAUCGGGCCAUGUACCAUCGUCCAAGCGAAGGUGCUCCACUGUCAAUGGGUCCCGGUGCGUUUGUAGCCGCACUGGAAGCAGCUUGCCGCCGCGAUACUGACUCUACGACAGUGUGCGGAAAGCCAAGCCGAGCAUUCUUGCAAGAGUGCAUUGCCGGAAUGAUCCCAGCUGACGAGAGCAUGGAUGACUACACAAACAUAAUUAUCGGAGAUGACCUCGACGCUGACCUCGGCAAGGGUACUUGGCAACUUGGCCUACGUCGCAUAUUAGUGCGCACCGGCAAAUUCAGAGCCGGUGACGACCAACGCGGAGAAAAGCCAGCAGACGAGGUGCACGAUAGCUUGGCAUCGUGGGUUGAGGGCUUCGUCUCUACCGAGCUCAAUGACGGACAAUGA